CGGAUCAACCAAGCGGAAGUUUGUUUAGUUUCAAAGAGCGAGAAGUGAGUUAAAAACGAACUAAUUCCUCCUGAUAGCGGGUUUAUUUGGAGCACAGAGGAUAAAUGAAGAGUUUAUUAACGAGUAGAAGCUGAAAUGUCUCACAUUAAAGAAUAUCUGGACAGAAUAAAUGGAGUUUAUCAGCGAUACGUUGAAUAUGUAAAGAAGAAUCCAACAGCUGCUGCACAUCUGGAGAACACGGUGAGGACCCUGUCCUACCUGGUGGCAGGACGAUUUGCAGAUUCCCAUGAAUUAUCUGAACUCGUGUACUCUGCCUCCAACCUCCUGGUGCUGUUCAAUGACAGCAUCCUCCGUAAAGGACUGAGAUGUUCCCUCCCUGUGUCUCUCUCCCAGCAGAGGCUCCUGACGUGGCUCUCUGUCCUUGAAUAUGUGGAGGUUUUCCUGGAAAUGGGAGCCUGUAAGCUGUGGGGGGAAGUUGGCCGCUGGCUGGUGAUCGGACUCAUUCAGAUAUUCAAGGCAGUUUUUCGCCUCAUUCUUCUUCUGUGGUACAAAUCUGGCAUCCAGACUUCACCUCCCAUCAUCCCCCUGGACCGAGGAGCAGACUGUGGAGAUGAAGCCGACACGGAGCAGCAGGAGGAUCAAUACUUCGUGGGCCAGAGGUCAGGACGAGUCAUUCGGCCUCUGGGCAGCGCUCCGUCCCUGCAGACCCGGCUGUUUGGAGCUCCCCGUCCGAGGAAGACGAGGAGCAGCUGGAAGGAGAAAGCCAGCAGCAAACCAACACCUCUGGGCCUUCAGGAGACCAUCGCCGAGUCCGUUUACAUCGGACGGCCGCUCGUACACCUUCUCUGCCUCGGACUCUGUGGAAAACAGUCCUGGAAGCCAUGGCUCAUCUCAGGAGUCCUCGAACUUUCCAGCUUCGCCGUGCUCAGCGACGCCAAAUUCCAAAAUGGAUGGGAGCGAGCCGAGAUGAGGAGGAGAAGCUUCCUGCUGCUGUACUACCUCCUCAGAUCGCCUUUCUACGACAAAUACUCCGAGGAAAAGAUCAUCUUCCUGCUCAGACUUCUGGCUGAUCAUAUUCCAGGAAUCGGACUGGUGGCGCGUCCUCUGAUGGAUUACCUCCCUACCUGGCAGAAGAUCUACUUCUAUAACUGGGGCUGAAGCUGCUCUCAGAUCUGUGAUGUUUGUAUAAUGAGAGAGGAAGCGUCGGAUCGUCCUCACUGCAGAGACUCUGAACAGAAAUCAAUGGAAUGAUCAGAAAUGACGCCGCUCUGACUGAAAACGUUUUGUAAAUGAUUUAUUCCCAGCAAUCGGUGAUGCAGUUUCUCUUUUUUAAUAUAUAUGAAGAUAUAUACAGUCAAGCCUGAAAUUAUUCAUACCCCUAGCAAAUUUCGACUUAACCCUCCUGUUGUCCUCAUUUACAGGCACCAAAAAAUAUUGUUUCCUUGUCUGAAAAAAAUCCAGAAAUUCAGCAAAAAAAUCCCCAAAUUUCUGAAAAUUUGCAAAACCUUGAGGAAGAAAAUUCCAAUAAUUCCUUAAAAGUUUCCCUUUAAAGUUUUAUUUUAUAAAAAAUGGCAAGAAAAUUCUUGUAAAUAUUUUCAAAAAAUGAGUAAAAAUCUUCCAAAAAAUCCUAAAAAUAUCUAAAGUGAUUCCAUAUAUAUCAGUAAAACUUCUAAUAUUUUCUUUAAGAACAUUCACAUAAAAAUCAACCAAAAUCCAGCAAAUUUCGCUGGAUUUUGGUUGAUUUUUUUGUGAAUGUUCUUAAACAUUUUUUAACAUCUUUUAUUCUACCAAAAUUUGCUAGGGGUAUGAAUAAUUUCAGGCUACAUGUAGGAUUUUACAACAUUGUUUUGUUUCUGACACCAGUGGGACGAACACUGAAGGAAACAUCUGCUGCUGUCAGAGACGUUAAACGACUUGUGUUUCUGCUCGAUGCUAACGCGGUAUUUACACUGGAAUAACUUUGUCUUAUUCUACAGUUUCAUUCCGUUCUGUGCAGCAGCUCUGUUUUUUUAACGACUGUAUUCUCUGUAGCGUCAGCAGCUAAAUGCACAAAGUCCUUAAAACGGAGCAGCGAUGACCGACAGCUCGUUAAAAUAAUAAACCUCCACCUGCAGGCAUCAUUUAGGAUCUCCAACGGCUGCCACUGGCUUUACAAUGUGUUAUCUUAAAAAAAAAAAAAAAAAAAAAAGGGGGGGGGGGGGGGGCUCAAAAUUAAACCAUGUAUGUGUAAAAACUAAAAGAAUUAAGUAUUUUCCAACUCAGUCCGACCCGGUUCCACCAGAAAACAACUUUUAAUUACAUGGAUCAUUAAAAAACUCCCCAAAAAUCAACCGUUUGCACUAUUUAAAAUCUGAUCAAACCUUAAAAUUCUACAGAGAAGUCAUGACUAACUCAGCUGUGACCAAGAGACUCUAGAUGGAAUUUUUUUUGGAUGAACGGCAGGCGGUGUGGAGCCAAGAGAGAAAUCUAAGCAGUGAAAUAUCUACGAGUCGAGUUCUGGUGAAACCUGUGCAGUAUUUUUUGGUGGCCGUAAAUGAGGACAGCAGGAGGGUUAAGAUGCAGGACUUAAACUGCAGUGAAAAAUGAGACGGAGCAGAAGAAAAACACCCAGAAAAUGUUCGGGGUUCAGAAGGUUAACAGGACAGAUAACAGACACAGAAACUGAACGUUUUCUUUCCAUCUUUAUUAACGUACUGAAUAAGUUUCUUUUUGUAGCCUACAAAUAAAUAGUUUCCAUCCUUUCAGUCCA